AUGUACAAAGAUUUUUCGUUUUUUUUUUUUUUAUUCUGGGAUCAUAAGGAUUUGAAGGAUAUAUAUUAGGAUCCAAUAGAUGGCAGUAAUGCAACAACUAUGGAUGCAAGCUGUCGUUAAAUCCUAAAGAAGAAGAAAAAGAAGAAGAAGAAGAAGAAGACGAAGACGAAGACUUUACUGUGUUUGGAUUUUACUGGUAUGCCGGACAACGUCUCGCGUUCAACUCCUCUAGGACGCGAUCCACAACUUUCAGCCAGUCCGCAGACUGACGAGAAGAAACUGCUGAUUGCUAUCAGUGGACCGUCUCGUCAGCUUACUCAACAUACUGCCGACAUGAAUGAGAGGUUCACUCAACUGCAGAAUUCGGUAAACUCCAGGUUGCUGUCCAUAGAGGACAAGAUGGCGGCUCUGCAGUCGAAGAACUGUGCUGGAGAGACUAACUCCAUCAAGAGAAGACGGAUGCACAAAAGCUUGCGUACGCCGUCUUCACAACUCGGAGACAAAUUGCAGGCGCUAUGAACCGGCGCAAGGACUAAGCACGCCUCAUAAUGAGGCAGUUACCUCCUAUCUGCUCGGAGCAAUAACUGCAAGCCUCGAUUUACACUAUAUUGAUAAAGACGACAUUGUGUCCGCCUGUAAGACGUAUUACGAGACGGUACGCAGGAGCUUCAGAUAUACGCAGCCAGAGAACUCAAUGCAGGCGGAAGCUGCCAAGAAUUCAGCUCGGAGUCGAGCGAGAAGAAAGAGGCUGCAGGAAUCGAGGCAGAGCGUGCUAGCUGAUGAGGAAGUGGAACUCUGGAUGUCCGCCACCGUCGACCUCAUGUCUGACGAGGAAGAUGGCGUCGUUGGCGGGGUCUCUGGAUGGAUUGUACCGCCGUCAUUUCGUAGGCCGGAUCUCUCUGAACUCUGUGUGAAGCUGCAGUCCCGGUUAGAGGCGACGCCGAAGUACAGAGACACGCACAGUAGGCGUCUGCACAUCGGACCUCCCUCGGAAAGAACGCCGCCAGCAGUUGCCUACAACCCCGAGGAGGCAAACGGACAGUUCACGGGGUAGUAGUUUUUUGGAUACGCAUGUGUGGGAAGAUCCUCGCGUUGUAUAUAGUUGUGUGUGUGUUUUUUUAAUAAAGCUCUUUCUUUGCAUAAACAUC